UAUAUAACCUUACUCUCUGACCCUAUUGUGUGUGUUAGAGUGAAAUAAAUACUAAUACUCCUAUCAUAACAACUUGAGAGUGUUUCUGUUUGUUUUUGUUUUUGUUUUUGUGUUUUGUGUUCAGAAUCAGAAUCCGACACAAUUUUGUGUAACCUCUCUCUUGUUGUCUUCAACAACUUCCUAAGCUUCUUGUUUCCGACAUUGAUUUUGAGAAACAAAAGCUAUAUGAAGUUGUACCGACAAUGAGAGAUGACAACUUGAAGAAAAGCAAGCUUUCAUGGCCGAAAACUCUGGUCAAGAAAUGGUUCAACAUUAAGAGUAAAGCUGAAGACUUUCAAGCUGAUGAUGUUCUUUAUGGAGGUGUUGAUGAAGAGUGGAGGAACAACUACUGUUCAAAGAGGGAAGAAUGCACUAUCAAGAAAAGCAAAACAGAAAGAACAAAGAGACGGCAUUCAGAAAGAUCACGGCGAUGUAAGGGAGAUCACGAUGCAGCUCAUGUUACCGAUGUGAAUAACUAUAGAAUAUUUGUUGCAACUUGGAAUGUAGCCGGGAGAUCUCCUCCGAGUUAUUUGAAUCUUGAAGAUUGGCUUCAUACUUCUCCUCCCGCCGAUAUAUAUGUUCUUGGGUUUCAAGAAAUUGUACCUCUCAAUGCUGGAAAUGUUUUAGGGACAGAAGACAACGGUCCGGCUAGAAAAUGGCUAGCUCUAAUUCGGAAGACACUUAACAGUCUUCCCGGAACAAGUGGUGAAUGUCACACUAAUUCACCGCUGCCUGAUCCUGUUGUAGAGUUAGAUUCUGAUUUUGAAGGAUCUACGAGGCAGAAGGAAACCUCUUUCUUCCAUCGCAGGUCGUUCCAAUCAUCGAGCCGUAGUAUGAGAAUGGACAAUGACAUGUUAGUACCCCAAGCGUGCCUUGAUCGCCGUUUCAGCGUCUGUGAUAGAAUGAUAUUUGGUCAUAGUACAGGUGACUAUGAGCCCAAUUAUAGAUGGGGUUCCUCGGACGAAGAAAACGGGGAAUCUCCGGUUGUAGCACAAUAUUCACCAAUGUCGUAUAGAGGGUAUGCCUCUACGGAGGAUAGAGAUAGACAGACUGAGAGCUCGAGAUAUUGUUUGGUUGCUAGUAAACAAAUGGUUGGUAUAUUUCUAACUGUUUGGGUGAAAAGCAAUAUAAGAGACGAUGUUCGCAACAUGAAAGUGUCUUGCGUUGGCAGAGGGUUAAUGGGAUAUCUUGGAAACAAGGGUUCGAUAUCAAUUAGCAUGUCUUUGCACAAAACAAGCUUUUGCUUCAUAUGUAGUCAUUUGACUUCGGGACAAAAGGAGGGUGACGAGCUAAGAAGAAAUUCAGAUGUAAUGGAGAUUCUCAGAAAGACAAGGUUUCCCCGAGUUAAUGGAAUCGGCGACGAGAGUUCUCCUCAGACUAUUCUCGAUCACGAUCGAAUAAUUUGGCUCGGGGAUUUAAACUAUCGAAUCGCCCUUACUUACCGCGCAGCAAAAGCUCUUGUUGAGAUGCAUAAUUGGAAGGUAUUGCUAGAGAAUGACCAGCUGCAUAUAGAGCGGGAACAAGGUCGCGUCUUUGAAGAAUGGAGUGAAGGGCAAAUAUACUUUCCCCCGACAUACAAAUAUUCAAACAAUUCGGACCGAUACGCAGGCGACGAAAGACAAUCAAAACAAAAGAGAAGAACGCCAGCAUGGUGUGAUCGGAUCUUAUGGCACGGAAGAGGUCUUCACCAAUUAUCUUAUGUUCGCGGGGAGUCAAGAUUCUCCGAUCAUAGACCAGUCUGCAGCGUGUUCUUAGCAGAAGUCGAGUCUCUUAGCCGUAACCGAAUCAAAAAAUGCUCUAGUUGCACCAGUUCGAGGAUCGAAGUAGAAGAGUUGUUGCCUCAUUCACACGCCUACAAUUACAUCGAUCUGCCUUUCUAUUGAUAAACAUUACAAUAUUUUUUCUCUCAUACCAACUCGAUUAAUCAAACAUAUCAAUGUACAAACAAACUCUAACACACAAGGUGGUCACUACUAUAAAGAAUGCUAGCUAGCCCCGUCGGUGAUGUAGACAUUCUGUUAUUCUUACCGUCUCAGAGAGCCGUUGCAGAAUUUGUUUUCGAUGUUUCGCGGCUAACUAUCUUUUUGGCAGUUUCUUUUAUCAAUACAAAUAGCAUCUCAAUUCUUCAUGCACAAGAAGAAGAAAUGCUGUGAAGGGUGCAUAUUAAAGAAAUUUUGAAAUUUUAUUUUCAACAUUUUUUUUGUAUUAUUUUUUCUGAAUAAGAUGAAAGUUGCAAUCAAAAGGAAAGAAAGGAAUGAGCAAAGCAUACAUUGCUUUAUUGGCUUUUAUCAGAUAGUAAUUAUUUGUACCAAAUUCCAAAUUAUUACCUUUUUUUUCUUUUGAAUUUUCUUUUACUUUUUCAUUCUGAUUCUGGUAUGAUUCUUUAGGUAACGUCAAUACCUUUUUCUAUCAAUCUUUACCUAAUAUAAAUCCAGUGAAUUCAAGUAUUCAA